AUGCAAAGCUUUCGAAACGAUGGUGAUGGUUACCUGGUCUCUCAGCCCCAUCGUGCCGCCGGCGCCGGCAAUCCGCGUGGGCUACUUGGCAGUGCCCGGAAGUUAACAACGAAGGAUGCGCUAGCCUAUCUCGAGGAAGUGAAGGAAAUAUUUCAGGAUAGAACGGAGAAAUACAAUGAGCUCCUCCAACUCAUGAAAGAUUUCAAAGGCCAAAGGAUCAACACCACUGGUGUUGUAAUGGGGGUGAAAGAGUUAUUCAAAGGGCACCCAAAUCUCAUCUUGGGUUUCAAUACCUUCUUGCCUGAAGGAUACCAGAUCACCCUCGAUGAUGAGCCUCCAUUGAAGAAGAACGCAAUCAGUUUUGUUGACAAAGUAAAGACUCGGUUUCAAAAUGAUGAUCAAGUUUACAAAUCGUUCUUACAAAUUCUAAAUAUGUACCGAACAGAGUGCAUAUCCAUUGAUGAUGUCUACCAAGAGGUAGCCUUGCUUUUUCGUGAACAUCAAGAUUUGAUAGAGGAAUUUGCACGUUUCCGACCUGAUGCUGCCGAGGCGGUUCCCAUGCAGCAUGCUUUGGUCGGAAGAAAGUCAUCUGGAAAUUUAAUACCUCUGGAAGAGAGGAGCUUGGCUAUGCCCAUAGUACGGCAAAUUCAUGGAGAAGAGAAAGACGGAGAUGUGAAUUGCCAUGCUGAUCGCGAUCUCAGUGCUGACUGUCCCAAUCUGGAUAGUAAAGCAGUAGUGAAAGCUGAGAAGGAGCAGAGGAAACGCGAGCGGGAUGGUAAAGAAUUGGAGCAUCACAGCAAUAGGGAGGCAGAUAAUAUGCAAUGCUUCCCUCGCAGACAGAUACUUGCUCGGAAGGAAUCUCCAGGUAACAAAGGGCAUCUGGCUGGACAAGUUAAGGUAGAGGAUGGGGAUAAAGACAGGGAGCAUGAAAGAGAUGAUAGGCAUAAGAAUAGAAAGCGUGAAAAGGAGAGAGAUAAAGGGUCGGAGCAGUUUGACAAAAAUGGUGCUCAAGAUUCUGCACAUCCCAAUGGUCAUUUGGUCCCGAAUGAAGAAAACUACAUGGACAAACCAAUCUGGGAACUUGACCUCUCAAACUGUCAGAGCUGUACCCCUAGUUAUCGACUUCUUCCGAAGAAUUAUCCAAUGCCUGCAACUAGCCACCGAACAAAACUUGCGGCAUCUGUACUGAAUGACACUUGGGUGUCGGUGCCAUCUGAAAGUGAGGACUGCUCUUUUAAAGACAUGCCCAAAAACCCAUUUGAAGAAAGCCUAUCUAGAUGUGAAGAUGAUAGGUUUGAGUUGGACAUGUUGUUAGAGUCAGUUAAUGUAACUACCAAGCAUGUGGAAGAGUUGUUAGAAAAGAUAAAUGAUAAUACAAUCAAGCCAGACAGUCAAAUCCGCAUCGAGGUCCUCUUUACUGCUCAAAAUCUAAGGUGCAUGGAACGAUUAUAUGGUGAUCAUGGGCUGGAUGUUCUGAAUGUACUUCCUAAGAAUAUGAGUGCCGCAUUGCCUGUUAUAUUAGCUCGCUUGAAGCAGAAACAAGAAGAAUUGUUAAAAUGUCGUUCAGAUUAUAAUAAGUUUUGGGCUGAAAUUUAUGCCAAGAACUAUCACAAAUCACUUGACCACUGUACUUCUAGUUGAAGGAAGGGGAUACACAGAGCUUGAGCAGAAAAAGCAGGUUUACUAUCAUUAUUGCAACAUUUUUUGAAGUUGGUGGUCAAAUAGUAAAUGCUACAUGAUUCAACUUUUCAAACCCAAUAUUGGUGUAUACGUGAUUUCCUUUUAUGUGGAAUAAUUUUGGAAAGUGUAAAGAAGGUUUUUUUUUUUUU